UUUCCCAGAGCCAGUCAUCUGUGCUUCAGCUGAUCAUGGCGCAAGCUGAACUCUGGCUUGCCUGGCUGAGCCUGCCAAGAAAAGCAUUAACUAAGCAGAAACAGUGUGCGGCUGGGGGCAAAGUAUUCCCAGUUGGACAGAAAGCACCUAAAUCUGCUUGGAUCAUGAGGAAGACAAAGCAUUCCUGGGAAGCCUUUGUGGGAGGAGGCAACAAGAAGGAGGAGAAAAUGGCUGGGGAAAAUGCAAGAAUAUUGCCCAAGGCCACACAGGAGGAGAGAAAGAAGCAGGAGGCGAAGAGGAAGGGGAAAUUGAAAACCCUGGCAGGCAAAUUGCUGAAGACUGUGGUUGGUGGGAAGGAGAUGGUGGAGAAGGCUAGUGCUGCGGAUGCGGCAGGGAAUUUGCUGAAGAGGUCAAGUAGGAAAGGAGUGGAGAGAGGGACGCCUGCAGAGGAAACCAUCUGCAGAUUCAUUGAGCAAGGAAAAUUUUUGGAAGCUUGUGAUCAAAUUCAUAACCUGGAGCAUUCUGGAAAUGAUGGUAUGGGAAAGUCUGAAUCACUUUAUGCACUGCUGGCGGAACGAAUGUGGACUGUAGUAGGAGAAGCACUCAGUGGAAGUGACAGGAUGCUCCUGGAGCCAUUGCAGUCAGUGGGGGAAUCACUGAAGUGGGAGAAGGAGAAGGAAGCAGAGCGGCUUGGCAAUGGCCUAGAGGUGGAGUCUGUUUCCAGCUGGAGCCCAAACUUCUGGAGAAAAGAUCUGGAGGAAAAGCUAAUGCAGUACAUGACCGCCCAGAUUCCCCUGUUUGGUUCGUCUACUAACACAGAUGAGACUGCACUAAAACAGCACCUGAGUCACCUGGAAAUGACAUUUCUCCCCAGUCUGGAGGACAGAAGUGAUGUCUUCAAGGAAGCAGGACUGCUUGUCACCUAUGCCCGCUGCUGUCACGCCUCUUUGUGUUCUCACCUUGCCACACUUGCUGACAGUAACUGUUUCAGCUUCAGCCAAAGUCUUUUAAUUUAUGAAUGGAGCAUUAAAAUGUACAAAAGUGGCAGCCAGGCGUGCGUGAGACCCGGGCACAUCCCCCGGCACAGCCUUUCCCUUGGUGCACAGUGCCUCGUGUGGAUUCUUUUGAAGACUGAAGAAAAGUUACUUGCAAUCACACGGAAGGAAGUAGGGAAAGCGCUGAAAGAAGCCUUUGAUAUUGGGAAACCCCCUUGUGCAGACGCCGCAGUCAUUGAGAUGCUAACAGAGAAGACAGAGACUGCCAGGCGAGUCAGCGAGAGCCUGAGCGAGAAGGUGGAAGCUGAGUGCCUGGAAGAGUGCCUGAGGUUCUUGGAGAGCUAUGAAGAUGAAGUAAGAAGCUUUCUCCAGCUUGAUGGCUGCCCACAGAUCUGCAGCAGCUUACGAAUCCUGGAGAAUUGCUGCCUUCUCAGAACUGUCUGGCAUAAGCUAACGUAUAUUUACAGUGUCAGCACUGACCAGAAUUUUAAGGUAAAUGGAUUUCUACACAGGAUAGAAGAUGACAUUUCAGAGCAUUUUCUGGAGACCAUCAGCUCUAAAGUCAAGGGAGCACUGAAGGACCACUUCAAAAAGUGUGACAGUGGUUUUGACCACAUCCUGGAAUCCUUAAAGCAGAACUUUUUGACCUUUGGGAAGAAAAAACCAGAUAUAUAUGAGGCCCUCAUCAAGGCUGCCAAUGCCAUCAUUAUUACAGAAUACAUGCAGGCCCUCCUGACCACUCCCAGGAAACCAUCUGCCACGCAGAGGAGGAGGAUUGUCAACAAGAUAGAAGAAGAUCAUAGGAUGAUGCAAACCAUUUUUAAAGAAUGCUUAGGUCCUGCAGCUGGUUCUCUGAAGGAUCCCAUAAAAGCAGUUUUAGAACUUAUUCGAACUUCUGAUCCUGAAGGGAUGAAAAUAGCACUUCUGCCCAUUCUAAAAGAAUUUCCUGACCUCAGGCAUGCUGGAAGAAAUAUGAGGUCUUGCUCCCCUGUGCCAGCAUCUGCAACCACAGCUCCUUGGAAGCUUCACACGCAGUUGGAUGCGUGGAGAAGCCUGUCAGCCAUGGAAGACAAAAGUCCUGCACUUUUGCAGGAAAACAAUGUGGCUCAAAUUCUAAUCUUAUAUGUAAAGUCCAGGAGGAAAAUGAAUGGGAUAUGGUAGAAAGACAUUUCCUAGAGCUUGUCAUUCAGCUGAGUCCUGGUGGUUAUUCCCAGGAUGUGGCAAGUGUGGAGGAAGAAGGUUUGUUUCCACUCACCUAGCGCCUCUCUGUUUCCUUCCCUUGUUCCAUGAAAUCUCUAAUGAAAUCAGGGACUGUUGCACCACAUGGUGUCCCAGCAUUGCAACUUCCUGCGGGAUCCAAGACCUCUCUUAGGGAAUAUUGCCUGGCUGACUGUGCUGGCAAUGUCUGCAGCUCUGGGUACCUCAGUUUACCCCCCAAAGCCUGACCUGCACCAGGAGGGUGCAGACAGAGCUGCCUCUUCCCUCUCAUGAAGACUCUGACCUGCUCUGGGGGCAGCCUGCCAUGGUGAGGUGUGGGAUUGGGGAGCUCUUCCUGUAUGAGUUUUACAGCUGGCUCAGGAUUAAUUCUUAUACCUCAGUUACUGGAAAUUUCCUCUUGGAGAGGGAGGGGAAAACCUCAGGGGAAGCAGGCAGUAAAAGGAGCUGUUUGUCCCAGCCUCUGGGAAAGGUCUCUCCUAGUUUUCAGAUGUAAAUAGGAAAAACGCUGACUUUUCUUCCUGGUUAUCUAUGGACUGGUCACAGUCCCCAACCUGGAUGUGGUUCAAGGUCCUCUUUUGCUAUUGCGUGAAUAUAGGCCAUUACUACUCCUCUCUGACACCACAACUAAGCAAAAACAUCUACCUCAGAUGUGCCAGUGCUUUUUCAAGGAGCCAUUCCCCCUUAAGUCUGCUUCCCUAAAAAGAAGAGGGAAAAUUUGUGCAUAACCUGUCAAUGUGGGAAGCAGUAGACGUCAUGCCCUGCUACCCUGAGAAACGCAGACCCAGCUGAGCACUGCCACGUUCUGCAGUGCUGUGCCAUCUCCCCAGGGACACAGGUGCCCCAUCCCAGAGCCCUGCAUGAAGAUGGGGUCCUGUGAGCUGGAAAGGAGCCAGGGCAAGCUUUUAAUUGUCAUUAGCUUUGCUCCUGGUGCAGCUAGGAACAAAACAAUCCCAGCUGAAAGUGAGGUGAGUGUCAGAGAAGGAACAAACAGGUUGCCUCAUCUCCAGGGAGUCCUCUGUGUGCUUUCAAGGCACCAGGAGACCUUGGCACUGUUACACUUCUUCCCUCAUGUCACUGAAGGGCAGUGAGGGUGUGCCAUGGCCUGCAGGCCCUUCCUGACUACAUGGCUGCUCACAAGGCCAGUGCUGGUGUCCCAAACAUUUCAUAUUGUCCAUUGUGACUUCAGUGAGGCCUUCCCUGGGAUGUGGGAAGGUUAGGAAAUCUGGGGGACCUGCAGCCUGGCUGGGUGGGCAUGGGUUGGGCUGUGGGGCUGGAUGAACACCUGCCUUCUGAAGGUUGUCAGCCCUGCCAGGCACUGGGCCACUCAACCUCCCCUCCUGCUGAAUUGCACAUUUUUUCAAGGGUGGGAAAGGAUGUCAGACCUGGAUGACAGACCCUAUUGUGACAGCAGGGUCUGGGUCAUCCUCUGCAAAUGGGGAUUUCAAGCAACAAGCCUUCCAGAGAAAAUAAAUAAAACCCUCUCUGACAUUUCCAUCACUGUUGGGCUAAAAAUAAUCCUUCAGCAUGUGGACAGCUCUGGCCAUGCACACGUCGAUGUCUAUGUGUGUCUGUGCCGUUUGACAUCUGCAGCCAGACAAGGGUGUGUUCUGCUUGGAAUCAGCAGCUGGGAGCCCUGAGGGACAUCAGGCCUGCCAUUCCUGUGUGCAGAUCAGAGGUUUUGUAGCAGCAAGUUUUUGCACCAUGUGCGAAGCAUCCACUCAUGGAGAGACCACAUAAAGACUUGAGUUUGUCCAUGAGGUUUAAUGAAGUUUUUCAGAGCCAGAGCACCCAGGGGUGUUGGCUGGGGAUGAUGGGGAGAGGCAGCCUGGUGAGGAGGAAGAUGAUGUGGGAGGGAUGUCCUUGGGUACCCAAAAGUCACCUGCAGAGAGCAGAUGGUGUGUGGGGAGGCUCCUGGUGGCUCCCCAAGAGGGGAGGCAGCAGCAAGGGAAUGCUGGGUCACUCCCUAGGACUGACUGAGAUUAUCAGGGAGGCAGGAGAGGCUGCAAGG